UUUGUAACAUAUUCAACUUAAUUUGUCAUUGAAAACAUGAAGAAAAGUAGGAAAAAGAUAAAUAAAAAUAAAUUUGAGGAUGAGAAUCAGGUAGAUUUUGUAGAAUCUGAAUCUGAGGUUGAUUCUGAUGAUUCUGAGGUAGAAUUUGUGGAUGAAGACUCAGAUUCCGAACAUUCGCAGUAUAGCUCAGAUGAAGACGGUGAAACUAAUAACGUUGAUUUGGAAUCUGAUGAUUCAGAGCCUGAUUUUGAUGAGGAUACAAACUUACCAGUUUUGACCUCCAAAUUAUCACAAAAACUACUUGAUAAGGCUUCUAGUCAUACACAUAAUUCAGUAAAAAAUCUUUUAUCCGUAUUCUCAUCAGUUGUUGGAUCAGUUGCCUCAAAUAAAAUCAGCCUAAAAUCAGAUACUAAGAGUCCAAAACUGGAUGUUGAUAAGGCUAAGAUGAAGUUUAAAUACUUAAAGAAUGAGAAUAAAAGAUUACUUAAGGGCACAGCGGAUCGUUUUUCAGAGCCUUCAAAGUCUUCAAAAAAAGCCUACGUGGUUAAAGAUUGGGAUGUUUACAAGAUAUUCGUGUCAUCAACUUUUGACACUAUGGCUGAAUAUCUAAAGUCUAAGGAGGUAACAUCUAAGAAGGAAGACGUAACUGCAUCAGCGCCACUUGUGAGGAAGUUUUUAUCAACUUCUCUGGUACAGCUGGCUUUCAUAUUAGACGACUUUGAUUUGACAAGAUCAUGCUUAAUAUCACUGAGUAAGACCCAUGUGGUGAAGUGGAUUUGUGUUUUUAAGAGUUUGAAUCGCCAAUUUGUAAAAAUAGUGUCCUCCUUAAUGUGUGGUCAUCCUCAAAAACAUACGAGAGUUGACUGUUUUAGUUUCCUCUCAGAAUACCUAAAGUGCCUAAAGGACCACAAAUUAAUGCGAGUUAAACUCUCAUUUAGGUCAUAUCUCGUAAAUUACACCAAGUUAUCAGAGUCUGAAUCUAAAUCAGCCUCUAACAGUAGUUUAGACUUUUUACUGAAAAGAUGUUACUCUAGCCAUGUUAAAUCAGUAAUGAGUGGAAUAACACUUAAGAAUUACGGACUAUUCAAACUUAGUCAGAACUGUAUCAGUGAGCUGUACUUGAAAGUUCCAUAUGAUAAUUUAUAUGUUUUUUCAUUUAAAACAAUUGGUAACCUGGCUUACAAUGUCAGGAGGGAAUGGGUCAACACUGGCAAGGAAAAGAAACCUAAAAAGAAAGAAGAUUCAAAGGAAAACAAGGCCAAGAAACCCUUAAAGGAAAAUACUACUAUAUUGUCAGUUUGUUCUUGGGGUUUCAUCGAGUCUGUAAAUAUAUGGAUAAAUGUGCUGUCUAGGUCAGACACUAAAAUGAAGACACUAAUUUACCCUCUGGUUACUGUAAUUAACUCCGCCAUAAAGAUAAAAAUAUCAAAUAAAAGACAAAUGCCGUUCGUUUUACACCUCCUAAUUGCUCUUAACAAGUUACUGGAUGGAACUCACAAGUUCAUCCCUAUCAUGUCACUCGUGUUUCACGUUUUGGACAACAUCAAAAACUUCAAACAAACUGUAAAAUCCAAGGGCACUUUAGAGAAAUCUGAGGAUAUAAUGAUGAAGCUUAGGUUAAGUGGUAAGAGCGUGAAUUCAUCUCAGAUUUACAAGGAGUUGUACAAGUACGUAGGGCUGAUUCUAAUAGACCAUUUGGGGAUUUUAUCGCUGAACCCCAGCUUCCCCGAGUAUACAAACUGUAUAUGUUACCACUUGAAGCGAUACGUCAAUUCUCCUGAAGUCUUUAAUGACUUUAGAAACACAAUUAGCUCUCUUUUGAGUGUUUUGAACGAGACUAACGCCACAAUAACCAAGCUUCGUGAGGGUGUGGAUGAGUCUGCGCUGGAGGGUUUCAACGUUUUCGAUCCUGACAAGAUACCCAUGCAUAAAUACCGACAAGAGUUUUUACUAAAAUUCCAACAACUUAGCAGGGAUAAGUUCAUUUCAUCACUUCAAAUUAAUGAUCUGUAAUCUAUUUCAUUACUCU